AUGCCAGUUACCAGGUCGCAAAAGAGUGUGCCGGUGCGGCCGCCGGCACGUCAGGACGAAGAGGCACCCUCAUCCGCUACGGAGGGAGCGACGUCAGAAGAGGCGUCGUCCGCGACGGCGUCCACCGGUACAACGGGAACGGAAGAAACAUCAGCGACAACGUUGACGGAGACUACGGCCGCCACGGAUACGACCGUGACAACAGCAGCGUCGCGUCAGAAAAAAGCGACUGCCAAGAAGGCGCCACACCAAACGCCGGAAGUCGGGGAGGAGGAAGCCACCUCGAAGAAGCCGGCGGGCGCAGGUCGUCGGCCGAGAAGUGUCAAGACAACGAGUUCAUCAGCAAGGCGCCGCGAACUAGAAGCGAAGGAAGAACUCGCGCGUCUGGAGCUGGAAGCUGCCCAGGCGGCGACGAAACUAGCCCGCGUGCGCCUAGAACUCGCUCAGUGUGAAGAUGACGACUCAGACCUGGAAGUAGACGACGAAGAGAAGACCGCCCAGGUCCAGGAUUGGAUCCAGACCUCAGUCCUUAAGGACGGCGCCAGAGAAGAGGCGCGGCGGAAAAGCCCGGAACGACCGGCCAAGAAGCUGCCGCAAGUCACGGCCAAGGAAGAGGCCGCAUCGGGGAGCGCGUCGAUGGAGGUGCAGACGCUCGCCGCCGCCCUAAGGGACGCCUUCGGGAGGAGCGGCGCAGCAACAGCACCGCCGAAGUAUCUUCACGAACUACCGAUGUUCGACGGCAGCAGCAGCGAGUGGACGGCCUUCCGGGUUGUCUACGAAGAUACAGCACCCCUAUUCAACGAGGCGCAGAAUAUGGCGCGCCUACGACGCGCUAUACGGGGGGCAGCCCGGGACUCCAUCAAGAGUCUACUGUACUCCGAGGCGGCACCAGGUGACGUCAUCCUCGCGCUCAAGAGGAGAUUCGGCCGCCCAGAGGCGCUGGUGCUCGCGGAGUUAGAAAAAGUGCGUGCGUUACAACGAAUUAGUGAUAACCCGCGGGACAUAUGUGUGUUUGCGAGCCAAGUAAACAAUAGUGUUGCGGCAAUAAAAGGUCUGAAAAGGCCACAGUAUUUGUGCUCGCCCGAAAUGGUAAAACAGAUUGUUGACAAGUUGCCCACAGUGUUAAAGUUUCGAUGGUACGAUUACCAUGAAGGUGCGGACUGCAGUGAACUUUCCGAUUUGACAAUGAUCAGUGAGUUCUUGAACAAAGAAGCGGACAAGUGCGGUGCAUUCGCCAAUAGUGAAAGUGUCAGUGUUCGCCGAGUGCAACGACAGUGCACAAACCACAUGGAUUGCAGUGAUAACAGGAACACGAAAAGGAACCAGGUAUGUCCACUUUGCAAUAACACUGAUAAUGAUCACGCGCUGCACGAGUGUCGCAACUUUCUAAAGAUGUCAGUCGAUGACCGCUGGGAAGCUGUCAAAAAGUCGAACAUAUGUUUCAAGUGUCUGAAAGACAGACAUAGAAAAAGCUCAUGCAGGAAGCCGCCGUGUCGAAUAUGUAAACGUUGGCAUCACCAGUUACUUCACAGUGAUAAUAAAGGUGCGCACGACGAGAAAGUCAAGGAAAUUUCAACUAACGUGGUCGCACCUGUGCACACUAUGUGCACUACACGCGCAUAUUUAAAGAUGAUUCCGGUUGAAAUCUAUGGGCGCACGGGUUCUAAAAAGAUAAUGGCUUUAUUAGAUGAAGGCUCUACCGUCUCACUGUUAGACGCCGAGGUGGCGACAGAGAUAGGCGCCAACGGCGAAAAGGAGGAAUUAUUAAUAGAAACAGUAGGCGGUCGAUUAAUAAGGCAUUUAGAAUCUGAAAAAUUAAAUGUUAAAAUUCGAGGCGUUCACCAAAAUACGAAACGACUUCUAGAGCGCGUUAGAACCAUGGAUAAUUUGAAGCUGGCACCGCAGUAUAUUGAUCAAAAUAGAAUUAGUGCAUGUAAACAUUUGAGCAAACUUGUACAUGAAUUAUGUUAUACACCCGAGUCACCACGACUCCUAAUUGGCCAAGACAAUUGGCACCUCAUAGUAACUCGAGAGAUCAGGCGAGGUCAGCCGGGUGAACCAGUAGCGUCGCGUACUAACCUAGGCUGGGUGCUGCACGGAACCGACGCGGGCGCAGCACGCCCAGUAAACUUCAUCAACACGAUAUCACAUUUAGUUAAUAAAGAUGAAGAAAUGCACGAGACAAUUAAACGUCACUUCGAUAUAGAAUCAUUAGGCGUGACACCUAGGCGGCCGUCCACAGAUAUAGAGGCACAGGCCACUGACAUAUUGGAAAAUACGUGCACAAGACUAGAAGACGGGCGGUUUGAGGCCGGCCUAUUAUGGAAACGCGACGUCAAGUGUAUGCCGGAGAGUUACGCAUCUGCUUUUAAUAGAUUGAAAAAUGUAGAGCGCAAAUUAGAUAAGGAUAGUCAUUUAAAGAAAGAAUACUCUGCGCAAAUCGACCACCUCAUAACGAACGGUUACGCAGAAAAGGCACCGACAUGCGCUGAUAAGAUAAAAAAUGAUAAGCAGUGGUACUUACCUCAUUUCGCGGUGACGCACCCGGUAAAAAAGAAAAUAAGAAUAGUUUUCGACGCAGCCGCCAGGUCGCGUGGCGUUAGCCUAAAUGAUGCAUUGUUGCCGGGCCCGGACUUAUUAAAAUCGCUAUUUGGUGUUUUAUUGAAAUUCAGACGCGGACCAUACGCUGUCGCGGCCGAUAUUAAGGAAAUGUUCUUACAAAUAAAAAUAAGGGAAAAAGAUCGCGACAGUUUACGCUUCUUAUGGCGAGGCGACGAUAGAGAGGUAACGCCCACUCAAUAUAGAAUGACUUCGGUUAUAUUCGGGGCGACGUCGUCGCCAAGCACAGCGAUAUAUGUGAAAAACAAAAACGCAUUAGAACACGCUACCGAAUACCCCGCCGCGGCUAAAGCUAUCGUUAAUAAUCAUUACAUGGACGACUACCUACACAGCUUCCAUACUAAAGAAGACUUGAUAACGAUAACAAAGCAGGUAGACACUAUACAUAAACGAGCACAUUUCGAGCUGCGCGGCUGGGCUUCUAAUAAACCGGGGCUCCUGCAUGAGCUGAUUGACACGAACAGCGCUGUAAAAACGGAAGUGGACCUGGGUGAGAAAGAAGAGAAGACGCUGGGUCUGCGCUGGUUAACAACUUCAGACAAAUUAGGUUUCAGGGCUAACCUGCGCAACACACCGCAGGACAUAGCGUCGGGCAUACGCACGCCCACUAAGAGAGAGGUAACUAGCGCAGUAAUGUCGACCUUCGACCCACUAGGAUUAGCGUCUCCUGUUUUAAUACAAGGAAAAAAACUAUUACAAGACAUAUGGCGCAGCGGAGUGUCAUGGGACCAGCAGAUCGAGAAUCGAGAGGACGUUGCCUGGAGAAAGUACCUGCAAGACGUGAAGGUUCUACAGGACUUACAGAUUCCCAGGUGCCUGGCGCCACACUGCACAGAGGGGGAGCUGCAUACGUUCACAGAUGCAAGUGAGCAGGCGUAUGCAGCUGCAGUGUACUGGCGGACCAGUACUGCAGACGGCAGAAACCACACGCGGCUGGUGGCAGCUAAAGUCAGAGUCACACCGUUGAAACCCGUGUCGGUACCGAGACUAGAACUGCAGGCGGCACUACUUGGGAGCAGGUUGGCGCGCUCGGUAGAAGAGGAACUAGAUUUGCAAGUCGAGCGAAAGGUCUACUGGACAGACUCCAGCGUUGUAUUGUCGUGGAUAAAGACGGACCCGCGGACGUUUAAGACGUUCGUUGCUCAUCGGCUGGCCGAAAUUGAAGAAUCAACGCGCCCACAAGAGUGGCGCUGGGUGCCGACCGCACUUAACCCCGCCGACGACGCGACGCGCGACGUCCCCGAACACUUCGAUGCUAAUCACCGUUGGUUCACAGGUCCCGACUUCCUUGCCUAUAGCGAGGACAAAUGGCCGGCCAGGCGGUCGUUUAAGACCGAGCCGACCGGCGAAGAGAGAGCAGUCGACGCGGUAGCAACGGUGCAGAGCGUCGUGCACACAACACCCGACCCGGCGCGCUUCAGCGCCUGGACGCGCCUGCUGCGCGCGACAGCGCGCGUGCUGCAAUUCACGCAACUGUGCCGACGACGCGUGCAUGUGCACACCUGCCACGACCCCGCCUGGCGCAAGGCGGGCCCGAAGCGGGCGCCUACCCGGGCGCCACCCACCGCACAGGCACCUAGCAUGCGCUUUGUGCCACUCGACGCAGAGCUGCUGCGACGGGCGGAGCUGCUACUGCUGGCGCGCAGCCAGCACGACAGCUUCGCAGACGACCUGCGCAACCUCCGGCUGCAGCAUCAGCUGGAGCGAGGCAGCCAGCUGCGUCGCCUUGACGUGGUGCUCGAGGACGGCGUCAUCAAGCUGCGCGGCCGCAUCGACGCUGUGCAAGGCGUCAGCCUUGCAUACAGGCGUCCACUGGUGCUCGACGGGCGCCACCAGGUGGCGCGCCUCAUCGUGGCGCAUUACCAUCACCGGUUCAAUCACGCGAAUCACGCCACGGUGAUGAACGAGCUAAGGCAACACUACUGGAUCCUCGGGCUACGGGCAGCGCUGCGUGCUGUGCAGCACCACUGCCAGUGGUGCAAGCUGCGGAGAGCGCAGCCACACGCGCUACCAACGGGCAACCUACCUGCAGAGAGGCUGGCGCAUGGGUGCCAUCCUUUCACAUGCACCGGCGUCGAUUACUUCGGCCCCAUGGUGAUCACCGUGGGCCGACGCACCGAAAAACGAUGGGGCGCACUCUUCACGUGCCUCACCACGAGGGCCGUGCACAUGGAGCUGGUGCCAUCGCUGUCAACAGACAGCAUGAUCCUGGCGUUGCGACGCUUCGCGGCGCGACGCGGCAUGCCCCGCGUUAUCUAUAGUGAUAACGGCACCAACUUCGUGGGGGCCAACAAGGAGCUGCAAGACACGAUGGCCGCGCUGCAGCCUGACAUCACCGACGAGGCCGCCAAGCUAGGUCUACAAUGGAAAUUCAUCCCACCUGGCGCUCCUCACAUGGGGGGAGCAUGGGAGCGUUUAGUGCGCUCGAUCAAGGCAGCGCUAGACGCCACGCUGAAGGAACGACAUCCCAAAGAGGAGGUCCUACUUACCCUCCUCUUGGAAGCAGAGCACGUCGUCAAUUCGCGGCCACUCACUCACUUGGCCGCGGAUUGGCAAGAAGAGGCGCUGACGCCAAACCAUUUCCUCAUCGGGCGCUCUUGUGGUGGAGCACGCAUCGGGAGCUUCACAGACAGCGAGCUAGUGGGACGCCACACCUGGCGUACUACGCAACGCCUUGCCGACCACUUUUGGCAAAGGUGGUUGCGGGAGUACCUACCCACGCUGCUACCGAGGAAGAUCAGCGGGAGAGCCUGCGCUACAGAUCUGCGCGUGGGCGACGUGGUGCUCAUUGUCGACGGCACUCUUCCACGGUGUACUUGGCCGCGCGGCAAGGUCGCGGCCGUGUAUCCUGGUCCAGACGGCAGAACGCGCAUCGUGGACGUGACGACCAAGGGCGGCGUGCUACGACGGCCUGCUACGCGUCUGGUGGUGCUGGUGGAGGCGCCGGGAGAGUCGCCGAGCCAGGAGGACGGUGCUACGCACGAGGGGGAGACUGUCGGCGACGGACUACGCGCGGCGAGCGAAACAUAG